AGCACCAGCAGCAGCUCCUCUUCCUCUUCCUCCUUCACCAGUAUCAGUAGGACCUCCUCCUCCUCCGGUCAGUGCUUCCAUCCAUGCCCGCUGUGUAGGCCUCCUCUGUCCGGGUGUAGGCCUCCUCUGUCCGGGAUACUCAGCUGUUGCACCGCGGUGGAAUGAGUUUUAUCACCAACUGGAGACGCAGCGGGAAGAAACAUGACGGAAAGACGGAUACUCAGAAGGCACAGGACAUCCCGGACAGCCCAGACUCCCUGAACCAGUUGUCCGUCAUCAACAGUCCAGACCUGGAUCCCAUCCUCACAGACUUCAGGUUACAGCUGCCGAACAACAGAGAUGCUCCGGAACCUGCAAAUCCCUCUGAUGGGGGCUCGAAGUCGGACCUGUCUCUGGCUCUGGAGGACUGUACGGCCGCCUUGGACCUGUUUCUCAGAAAUGAGUUUGAGGAGGCGCAGACCCGGCUCCGAAGCAGAACCAAAGACAGCAUGUACCACGCUCUGACCUACGCCACGAUCCUAGAGAUGCAGGCCAUGAUGACCUUUGACCCCCAACACAUCCUGACAGCAGGAAACACCAUGAAGGAGGCCCAGGCUAUCUGUCAGCGGCAACGCAAGAAGUCGAGCUUCUCCAAAACCUUUACGGAAGAGGAACUCCAUGCGGAAGUGUGCUACGCCGAGUGUCUCCUGCAGAGGGCAGCACUCACUUUCCUACAGGAUGAAAACAUGAUCAGUUUCAUUAAAGGAGGGAUCAAAGUGAGGAACAGCUACCAGACUUACAAAGAGCUUCACACAGUCCUCCAGUCCGCUGGCUACACCCAUGGUGACAACCACAGCCAUUUUGAGGGUGGUGUUAAACUGGGAGUGGGAGCCUUUAAUCUAAUGAUUUCCAUGUUGCCCGCUCGGACACUGAAGCUACUGGAGUUUGUGGGUGUCUCUGGUAACAAGGAGUUCGGUCUGCAGGAGCUUCAGGACGGCUGCGCUGAGAGCACAUUCAGGUCCUUCCUCUGUAACAUGCUGCUGCUCUGUUAUCACACCUUCAUGAGCUUCAUACUUGGAACUGGAGAAGGAGAUGUUGAAGAUGCUGAGAAACUGCUACAGCCAUAUCUCAAAAAAUAUCCCACGGGAUCCAUCUUCUUGUUCUUCGCUGGCCGAAUAGAAGAGAUCAAGGGGAACCUGGAUGCUGCUGUUGACCGUUUCCAGGAGUGCUGUGAGGCUCAGCAGCAGUGGAAGCAGUUUCACCACAUGUGCUACUGGGAGCUGAUGUGGUGCUACACGUACAAGAGGAACUGGAAGAUGGCUUACUUCUACGCUGACCUGCUCAGCAAGGAGAACUCGUGGUCUAAGGCUACCUAUGCGUAUAUGAAAGCAGCCUACCUUAGCAUGAUGACGGAGGAUGAUUGUCUAACCUUCGGGGAAACUGCGUUGACUCUGUUCAGGCAAGUUCCAGAACUAAAGCAGAAAAUAGCCGGCAAGUCUUUGCCAACGGAGAAGUUUGCGAUCAGGAAAGCCCGUCGCUACCUCGUAGAUAAUCCCAUUCCUCUCCCUGCCCCUCCAUUGGAGAUGAUGUACAUAUGGAAUGGCUACACGGUCAUUGGAAAACACAAAGACCUGACGGAGGGCAUGCUGAAAACACUGGAUGAGGCACAAGCUCAACUCGAGAACAGCCAAAGGAGUGAGUUCUCCAUGGACGAUCAGUGUCUGCUCAGCCUACUGAGGGGUUUGUGUCUCAAACACCUGGGGCACCAGGAGGAGGCCGAACACUACUUUACCCUGGUCCUUUGCAAUGAGACUCAGAUCAAAUAUGACCACUACCUUGUUCCCAAUGCCCUGCUGGAGCACGGCCUGCUGUUACUGGAGCAAGGCAGAACAGAUGAAGCAAUCAAACUGCUAGAAGCAGCAAAGCAAAAUUACAAAAACUACUCGAUGGAAUCUCGGACACACUUCCGUAUUCAGGCCGCUCUGCACAAGGCCAAGGGGGCCGCGGAAAACGGCAUCAACGUUCCCUCCAGUCCAUAACAGACAGAUGAGGGCACACAAGAGCAACUCUCUGUCUCUGCAGUCCCACAAUGCGACACAUACCCCUGCCCAUCUAGGCAGGCCAUUUGUGUUUUUCAUCAGGAGGACAUGCUUAUGUUUUCUUGUGUGUGCCACCCUCAGGGGCGACUGCAGCUCUGUGUGGCCCUAACUGGUUUAGUUGAGUUUGAUGUGCUCUCUUCCAGAGCUCUGUAUAUUAUGAUGAAACUAAUUUCCUCGUCUGAUUUUAAAUAGAAACAAGUUGAGAAAUGUGCCUAUAUUUAAGAAACAUUGCUUCCAGCAGGCUUAUUAGUCCAGCACUGUGGCCAACCAUCAGGAGUGCUCUAGGGUAGAAAACAAGGCUGUAUUUGUGUAGUACGUGCUGCAGAGGGCCUCCACUCGUACCCCUGGAUAAGAAUGUGCCAAAUUCAGGGUGAUGUUGGUGUGGACCCUAAUGGAGCCAGAUUAACAGAGAGCCCACUUUAAAUUACUGACACUAACUCCAACUGGACAGCAGCACCAUUUGGCUGCUCCAAAGAAAUCCUACUUUUUUAAUUUAAUGUAAAUGAGUGAUUAUUGAUCAAUUGACCUGACUAGAUGGGAGAUGACACAUCAUUAUUUGUUGACACCAGUUAUCAUAUUAUGUUACUCGCCAAAUAUUCCGUGGAAACUACGAGACUGUUUUGUACAUUUGAUAAAUGUUUGUUGUCAGGGUUCCGAUUUUUGAUGACCUUCAUUCACACUACAUAUUCUUAGGUUCUUUGUGUUUCUCACAGCAAAUGGAAAUUGUAUUGUUUAUUCCAAGUUUCCUCCUUUUUCCUCGAAACUAAGUUAAAGAAAAUUUUAAUGUGGGAUUCUUUUAAUGUGGGACUUUUAGACUCAUUUUGAAGAAUUGAUCAACUCUACAAUCCUGUUGUAUUUACAAUCACAUGUAAUGGUUCUUGCAAAAAGCUUUGUAAAUCAGCAGGCUGUACAAUCUCUCCAUAGUUGUAAAACAAUGCCUAUCAGACUUGAAGCGGAGAGUUGUUCUUUACAUUUAUACACUGUAUAUGGCAUCGUUUACAAAAAUUGUCCUGUUUUAAGAGGACAGAUGAAUGUGUCUUUUAAAAAGGCAGACUCCCUCCUUUUCUCCUCCUGGUGUGUGGGACAGAUUCCAACAGCACUUGAGCUCGAACAAACGGGCCAUUCACCCCGAGUGACGAGGGACUGCGUGCUUGUCUGCCUGUAGCAUCCCUUCAGUGGGUGAAGAAGCUCUGAAUGGCAAUGACCACAGUUGUCCUGCUUUGUGAACCCCCUCCGCUGCUCAUGUAUCUGCCAUGCUGGGCCAGAACCACCAAUUGAAAGACUUGGACAUCACAACCACAGUUCUCUGUCAAAUAAUAAUAAUAAUAAUAAUCUGUUUAGGAACAAAUACUUGUAAUGAUUUAAAUGAUAAAACAAAGACAGAUGACAUCUGAAUGUGCUGGUGCUGAGGUUAUUUGAAGGGCGAGAAAAACCCAGUAACUCACCAUGUCUGAUUUAUUCAUGAUCAGUGCAAGGUUUGGGAUUCAAGACUCUGACUAGGAGUAAGUUUCAAUAUUUUUAGGAGGUAGACGUGGAGGUGGAGGAAAUGUAUUCAGUUGAUCUCUUUAAUCUUCAAAUAACAUAGUGUAUUUUCUACUAAUAAUCAAGCUUUUGAGUCCUUUUCCUGUCUUUGGUUUUACUUGUGUUGCUGUAAGAAACAAUCUUAGUUGAGUGGGAAAAAGGAAGCUGACGAUCAGCAUAAUCCACUGGGCUCAGCUGCCACUGAGCAGAAUGACAUUCCUGUACAUACUGAAUGUUUCUAUUGUAAUUUAACAUGAAAUGUUGGUGAGCAACUAAAAAGCACAUCUCACUCUG